ACGCUUCGCUUAAACUGGUUCUCACUUCUGUUCUGUUUCCUUUUACUGUGAGAGAACGAAUCCCCAAUUUCUCAGCACAGAUCUCUCAUUCUUGUUCUCCCCGUUCAAUAGUUUCUUCCCAGAUCUGAAAUCGAGCGUCGAGCGUUUCUCCUUCCAUGGAAAUUUUCUCUCUUUCUUGAACAAGAUCGAGAUCUCUUUCUGGAAACACACUUUCCGGGAAAAUAUUCUCCAUUUCCAUGGCGAACGCUUGGAAAAAAGAGAGGAACCAGAAACUCCUAACACCCAAAUCCCUGAUCUUCGUCCUCAUCCUCUCCGCUGUCUUCAUCUCCUCGAUCUUCUUCUUCUCCUUCUCCGGUUCAUCGUCUCAACAGAACCCAAAUCCCAAUCUCACCAUUAGAACCCCCUUCCCAGUCCGUACAAUCUCUCCAUUCGAUUGCUUCAAAUGCCCGCAAUCAAAACCCGUUAUCGCUAACACAGUGGAGAAUCUCAAAUACCCAUUUAUAUACUCGCUCGCGGAUCUUGGGAAUUUGCCGGAGAAGCCGCACAAGAACAUCGUGAGGCUCCUGAAAGGUAAGGCCUUUCGGAAACCAGACAUCUCUGCUACGAUUCAAGACGUUCUUGAGAAGAUUAGAGGAAAAGAGAAGAAUGGGUUCGUCGUCGAUGUUGGUGCGAACGUGGGUAUGGCGAGUUUUGCUGCUGCAGCCAUGGGGUUCAAGGUCAUCUCUUUCGAACCGGUUUUCGAGAAUUUGCAGAGGAUUUGCGAUGGGAUUUGGUUCAAUAGAGCUUCUCAUUUGGUUACAGUGUUUGAAGCUGCUGCUUCAGAUCGUAAUGGGAACAUAACUUUUCACAAGCUGGUUGGACGGCUUGACAACAGCGCGGUCUCGGCAGUCGGGGCAAAACUCGCGUUCCAAUCCAACAAAGAGAUAGAAGUUCAAGUGAGAUCAAUCCCUCUCGAUGAAGUGAUCCCUGAUUCAGAACCCGUCGUUUUGCUCAAGAUCGACGUUCAGGGUUGGGAAUACCAUGUCCUGAAGGGUGCGAAGAAACUGCUGUCGAGAAAAUCGGGCCAGGCUCCGUAUCUAAUCUACGAGGAAGACGAGAGAUUGUUGCAGGCAAGCAAUAGUAGCUCCAAAGAGAUUCGGGAUUUCCUGAAAAGCGUAGGGUAUAACAAAUGUGACCAGCACGGUACAGACGCCCAUUGCACCAAGGACUGAGGAAAGAAACGAAAAACGACGAUCCUGACAUCGGCUUUGGUAAGACGGGGGAAUAGACGAAACUUGACCUUUGGAGAGUCGGUUUAUGUAUCGGUUAUAGCUCUGUGGAUUCGACGAAACCGGGAAUUUUUGAAGUUUGUAAGAGAUGGAUUCGGCUGUAGAAGAGAAGAAGAUGAUCCUUGAUGAAAUCUAAACCUAAUGCUAAGGCUAGUUUCAGUGUCAAGCCAUUUUUGUUUGUAGUUGUAAUUUAUGUGUUACAUUCUUUAAUUUCGGAUAUUAUGAUUCAUCACAUCUAAUCAGUAAGGAGAUCUAAUGCU